AAAAUCCCUCACACGGUAAAGUCCAUUCAUAAACGCAGCUGCGAAGACAGAUCUAAAUUCUCUUUAGUACAACCAAUGGCCUAGAACAUGAUCUAGUAAGUUACUAGAAUCGUCGCUCGUUGUGUGGUACAUAUCUAGUAAAUUACUAGAUCGUAUGUCUCGGCGACUGGCCCGAAAAAUCGUACGCCCUUGAUUAAUCGCGAAAUGCAACAUGGGCAACAUGGCUGUUUUUAUACCUCGCAGGCUCGAGGUGAUUGUAUACGUCGCGAAAAAACAAUAUGAUUUUCCAGUGAAUCAUCACAGCCAGUGGGUAUCCUGCUGACAAUCUGAUCGCGUGUGCGACAAUACGUCGCUAGGAUUCGCAACGAUAACCAAAGAUUCUGAGGUGUAACGCUACAAAUACAAAAAAACGUACGUUUGACUUAAACUCUCUUCCUGAGAUUCUUUGACUUUCUUUUUAUCCACCUUAAGAUGGUGAAGUUAUAUGCACUGACUGUUCUGUACAAAACUCCUACGUCGGCGACGACACUGAAAGCCUCUUAUGAUGUAGAGUCAUUCUCAUAUUUUCAAAAGAAUAGUAUCAAGGAAUUUAUGUGUUUUGUAAGUAAAACCAUUGUGGAAAGGACACAGACAUGUGCCAGGCAGAGUGUUAAAGAAGGAGAGUACAUGUGCCAUGUCUAUGUGCGAGCUGACAAUCUCGCUGCAGUUCUUAUCUCAGAUCAUGAGUAUCCUAGGAGAGUGGCGCAUACUCUGAUUACAAAGGUGAUGGAUGAGUUUGCAACAAAGCAUCCACCAUCGACAUGGUCUACUCUCAAGGAGGCUACCACUGAAUUUUCACAGAUUAAUACGUAUCUAGCUAAGUAUCAGAAUCCAGUCGAGGCGGAUGCGCUUACGAAAAUGCAAAAUGAUCUGGAUGAGACGAAAAUUAUCUUGCACAAUACCUUAGAGGCGGUGCUACAGAGGGGAGAGAAGCUGGACGAUCUAGUCUCUAAGUCAGAGGGACUCAGUGCUCAGUCGAAGUUGUUUUACAAGACCGCGCGGAAAACCAAUUCAUGCUGUAGUUUAGCUCCUUAGAAUGUAUACGUUUCCUUCUUUUAUUUUUCUCUCUCUCUUUUUUUUUUUAGUGAGCUUUGCCGCUUUGGUCUUUCAGAAUAAAUGUGACUUUAUAAUCUCUGCAGUAUAGAAUCGCAAAUUGGUAUGUAUGCGAUUUGCAGAAAACGCGUGGGCGACGGAAGGGUAGGGACGGAGGGGAAAGUUUAAUAAAAGAGGGGAGAUAACAGAUAUCAGUCUACCCAAAUUUUUCAGUGGAAUAUAUACAUGUAUAUUAAUUCGAUGAAUUUCUAGUUAAAUAACGGGCAAAAGCAAAGCACUGCCGCUUUCUCCCAGUUUAAGUGGAAUUUUUUAUAAGGAUGUUAAUGCCCGUAGAACUUAUCUACUCGCGAGAAACGGUCCUAAGCAAUUGCGUACAAGGAUUAUUUCCGUGAUGAGUUUCACGCGAGGGGGAACGACGUAAUGGAAUUUCCCAAGAGUGUCAAAGUAUCGCCUUAAACACAUUCCGAAUAUUAAUCGUGCCCUUUUUACGUGUGAAAGAAACCAUGCAGUGCGAGGUGGCUUCGAAACGAUCUCGCGAAUCGAUAGAUAUGAUUCGAUAAGAAUAGUUAUAAUUAUAAUGAACGAACGAUGUAUCUUCGUUAAAAGAAUUAAGUUCCCAUCUAAUACGAUCAGCAUCACGUUAUACAAAUAAUUAAAAAGUUCUUUGUUUUUUUAGCAGAGAGUCUUUGUAACCGCCGAAAAUAUUUUUAUGUCAUAACUGUGAGAUUUUAUUGGAAUUAUGUUGAGAAUCCAUGUUUACUCAUAAUUAUAAUCUGAACGGGAAAAGAGAUUGCAGAUUCUCGAAGGACGUCUAACCGUUUUAUUUAACAUAUACGCAAACCAAUCCUUAUCCUUUUUAAUAUGGAUAAUUGUAUUUAUAUAUUGUGAAUUAUAUACCAAAAUGAUUAUCAAUGUUUAUUACAUAUUUCAUCAAGUUGAUCAAUAGACGAUGAAGCUUCAACUUCAACGUAAGUAAAACUCUGAUGAUGUGUCUUGACAGAAAGAAAAUAUAUUCUAUGUAUAAUACAUAAGUGAUAAUUGUAAUCUUUAUACUAUAUAUGUUGAAGAGUAUAAUGAGCCAGUAAAUAUAUAUUAAUAUAUUUUCAAA